AUGGGGCUGAAUAUUCUUAAACGGGAAUGGAUUGUCUCCGUGGAGCAUGAAAUUGGUGUGUCGUUGACGCUUUUGGAAGGAGAGGUUGAGGACAAGGAAGCAGAGGUUGAGGACGAGGAAGCAGAGGUUGAGGACGAGGAAGCAGGGGAGGACGAGGAAGCAGGGGUUGAGGACGAGGAAGCAGGGGUUGAGGACGAGGAAGCAAGGGUUGAGGACGAGGAAGCAAGGGUUGAGGAAGCAGGGGUUGAGGACGAGGAAGCAGAGGUUAAGGACGAGGAAGCAGAGGUUGAGGACGAGGAAGCAAGGGUUGAGGACGAGGAAGCAGAGGUUGAGGACGAGGCAGCAAGGGUUGAGGACGAGGAAGCAGAGGUUGAGGACGAGGAAACAGAGGUUGAGGACGAGGAAGCAGGGGUUGAGGACGAGGAAGCAGGGGUUGAGGACGAGGAAGCAAGGGUUGAGGACGAGGAAGCAAGGGUUGAGGAAGCAGGGGUUGAGGACGAGGAAGCAGAGGUUAAGGACGAGGAAGCAGAGGUUGAGGACGAGGAAGCAAGGGUUGAGGACGAGGAAGCAGAGGUUGAGGACGAGGCAGCAAGGGUUGAGGACGAGGAAGCAGAGGUUGAGGACGAGGAAACAGAGGUUGAGGACGAGGAAGCAGGGGUUGAGGACGAGGAAGCAGGGGUUGAGGACGAGGAAGCAGAGGUUGAGGACGAGGAAGCAGGGGUUGAGGACGAGGAAGCAGGGGUUGAGGACGAGGAAGCAGGGGUUGAGGACGAGGAAGCAGAGGUUGAGGACGAGGAAGCAGAGGUUGAGGACGAGGAAGCAGGGGUUGAGGACGAGGAAGCAGAGGUUGAGGAAGAAGAAGCAAGGGUUGAGGACGAGGAAGCAGGGGUUGAGGACGAGGAAGCAAGGGUUGAGGACGAGGAAGCAGGGGUUGAGGACGAGGAAGCAGGGGUUGAGGACGAGGAAGCAGGGGUUGAGGACGAGGAAGCAGAGGUUGAGGACGAGGAAGCAGAGGUUGAGGACGAGGAAGCAGGGGUUGAGGACGAGGAAGCAGGGGUUGAGGACGAGGAAGCAGGGUUUGAGGACGAGGAAGCAAGGGUUGAGGAAGCAAGGGUUGAGGAAGCAGGGGUUGAGGACGAGGAAGCAGAAGUUAAGGACGAGGAAGCAGAGGUUGAGGACGAGGAAGCAAGGGUUGAGGACGAGGAAGCAGGGGUUGAGGACGAGGAAGCAGAGGUUGAGGACGAGGAAGCAGGUGUUGAGGACGAGGAAGCAGAGGUUGAGGACGAGGAAGCAGAGGUUGAGGACGAGGAAGCAGAGGUUGAGGAAGCAGGGGUUGAGGACGAGGAAGCAGGGGUUGAGGACGAGGAAGCAAGGGUUGAGGACGAGGAAGCAGAGGUUGAGGACGAGGAAGCAGGGGUUGAGGACGAGGAAGCAGAGGUUAAGGACGAGGAAGCAGAGGUUGAGGACGAGGCAGCAAGGGUUGAGGACGAGGAAGCAGGUGUUGAGGACGAGGAAGCAGGUGUUGAGGACGAGGAAGCAGGGGUUGAGGACGAGGAAGCAGAGGUUGAGGACGAGGAAGCAGGGGUUGAGGACGAGGAAGCAGAGGUUGAGGACGAGGAAGCAGGGGUUGAGGACGAGGAAGCAGGGGUUGAGGACGAGGAAGCAGGGGUUGAGGACGAGGAAGCAGGGUUUGAGGACGAGGAAGCAGGGUUUGAGGACGAGGAAGCAGAGGUUGAGGACGAGGAAGCAGAGGUUGAGGACGAGGAAGCAGAGGUUGAGGAAGCAGAGGUUGAGGACGAGGAAGCAGGGGUUGAGGACGAGGAAGCAGAGGUUGAGGACGAGGAAGCAGGGGUUGAGGACGAGGAAGCAGAGGUUGAGGACGAGGAAGCAGAGGUUGAGGACGAGGAAGCAGGGGUUGAGGACGAGGAAGCAGGGGUUGAGGACGAGGAAGCAGGGGUUGAGGACGAGGAAGCAGGGGUUGAGGACGAGGAAGCAGGGGUUGAGGAAGCAGGGGUUGAGGACGAGGAAGCAGAGGUUAAGGACGAGGAAGCAGAGGUUGAGGACGAGGAAGCAAGGGUUGAGGAAGCAGGGGUUGAGGACGAGGAAGCAGGGGUUGAGGACGAGGAAGCAGGGGUUGAGGACGAGGAAGCAGGGGUUGAGGACGAGGAAGCAGGGGUUGAGGACGAGGAAGCAGGGGUUGAGGACGAGGAGAGGUGGGGAGGAGAGAAGAGAGGAGCGACCAGCCCUCCCUGUGGCUCUCACAUUGUCAUGCAACAGCAGAAAAUCGCAGCAUUAAAGGUGGCUUUCCCAGACCAGCUGAGGUGUUUCUCACAGUCUCCCCCUUGUGACGUGGGCCCCGUUUGUGCGUUGACGCCGGCGCCGUUUGUGCCUUGA